AUGGUUAAGUACGGUCCCCAAACCAAGUACCAAUGGGAUCAAAAGAAAGAUUAUUUUCUAUCCAGAGGCCAUCUUACACCGAACUUGGCAUUUCUGACCCAAUCUGAAAAAGAUUUAACGUUUGUUUUCACCAACGCAGCUCCGCAAUGGCACAAGUUCAAUUGCGGGAACUGGAGAAUACUCGAAGAGGCUAUUAAAGCUUAUGCGGACUCUGUACGAGAUGUUUAUGUUUUAACUGGAGUUCGUAAGUAUUAUGGAGUUUACGCAUGUACGACGGCAGCGUCAAGACGACGGCUAAACAAACUUUUUGAAAUAAAUAAUUGUAUGAAAAUGUUGUCCUGUAUUUACUUUGUUAUGAAUUUAAUACAGUUUAGAACGAUUAAAACAGAGCUUUAACCUUCAGAGCAAUUUUGAUCAACACUGUUAGAAAAUCGCCUGCCACGGUUUGAAAUGCUAGCGUACUUUACAACACGUUAAAAUGUGCAUUUUGCUGUCGUCAACAGAGCAUGGACGACGUGGUAAACUCCAGAUAUACUUUUAAUUAUUCAUUUCUUUUGUGCUAUAGAAUUAAUGAUAUUGUAUUGAGAGCCGUCGUCCUGACGUUGCCGUCUUACGUGCUUAAACACUCUAUUAUCCCCGAGCCGACGGCGCGAAGCGCCGUGCGACGGUACUAAUUCCCCUCGGCUAUUUACACCCGGGGAAACGAAAGCAUUAGCGAAGUCUAAAGUUCAUCAAUAAUCGCGGGCGUGGCUCACCAACGAUGUUUCGGUGGGUGGUCAUCUUCACUGAUCUCAAAAUAUGUGGCGGACUGUCAUGAAUAGCGAACACUGAUUGGUCCAAUUUAAAGUUUGCAUAAUAACGACUGCAUGACGACAGCGAAAUAGCAAACAUUUCUUGAUAUGAUGGUUGAUAAAUUUGUUGCAAAUAUAUUUCAUUUUUGCUCGCAUUUUUUCAAGAUUUUUUAAAUUUCAAAAGCUUUCUCAGAAAGAAAGAACGAAAGAAACAACUAAAAGAAGGGAGCCGACGUUAACGAAGGUAAGUUUCUUUUAAAUAUUGAUUUUAUAAUUGCUUUAAAACCCGAUGGCCUUUGCGUAUAUAAAACAACUAAACAAGACAGCAUAUAAUUUCAGUGUAUUUUUAAUAUUGAUUCCCUUUUUUAUUAUAUUGAUUUUUUUAAAAUAAAAACCAAAGCAAAGUUAUUUGAAUGCGAGAAUUUGAAAUCAUUUUGUUGCAAACUCAAAGUUUAUCGAUACGGCCAUUUAAUUACUAAAGGCAGUUUAGUUUUAUAAAGAACGUUUUGCGAAGCGUUUGUGGUUGAAUUUUACCUUAAAUUGAAGCUUUUAUUACGUAUAAUAACAUACCUAAGAUAUAUAUGUUGGGAAAUUGAUAAUUUUGUAAUUAAAAGUGAUACUUUUUAGCGAUUUUUCAUUUGUAAAAAUAUUCCUAAAAAUUUAUCGUGUUACCAUGACAACUACUUUAGAUACUUCAUGUUCGGAAAAUGCAAUGGUUUUGUCAGCAAGGCGAGGGUUUCUGCACGCAUGUAUUUUCUAGUAAUACUGUACUGUACGUACACUACAUACAAUAUCGUCCAUAAUCUCAUUCACAUACAAUAUCGUCCAUAAUAUCGUCCAUAAUCUCUUUUGUCCUUUUGUCUAGUUGGACAGUUCAAAGAUACAAAGACAACAAACCCCCUACCAUUUCCCUUCCUUCUGGGUGUAGAUAAAGUAACAGUUCCAGCGUCUUACUGGACCAUUGUGUUUGAUCCAGUACUUAAAAAGUCUGUUGCUUUUACUGCUGACAACAAUGUAGGCAGUAAGGACAAAACACCAACAACUGGCUGUAAUAGUCAAAGAAUGACAAAGGAAAAGGGAAUUGUCAAAUGUGAAAGCGUGGACCAAUUUAUGCAACAAUAUCCAAAUGCCUUUCCUGCAAAGUUUGAUGCAAAUAAAUGUCCUUCAAACAUCAGGGGCAAUUUCCUUGAUCGUUAUUACAUUGGUAAAUUUCAAUGA